CUUGUCAUCAUGAGCAGUGCAUCCGAUAUUGAAAGUAAUCCUCGUGGGAUUCCUCGAUCACCCUUUGUGGAACGCGUUGAAGAUUAUGUAUCAGAAGCUGAACCAGUUGAAAUUGUAUUGAAGAAAUUCCAAGAAGCUAUUAGUAAAUACAAAUUUAUGGAAGUCAAUCUGUUACAACGACGCAAGAUAUUAGAGGAAAAGAUCCCAGAAAUAGAAAAAACAUUGGCUAUGGUGGCACUUUUGACUGAAAAACAAGAAGCUACAGAACCUGUUUAUACCGAUUUUGAAUUGAAUGAUACUUUAUAUGCACAAGCAAAGAUUGAACCUUCUGGUACUGUGUAUCUUUGGUUAGGGGCAAAUGUUAUGUUGGAAUAUACUUUUGAAGAAGCCACCGAUCUAUUGACAUCCAAAUUGACCACUGCUAAAAAUUCGUUGAAAAACACCAUUGAAGACUUAUCUUUCUUACGAGAUCAAAUCACGACUAUGGAAGUCAAUACUGCUCGUGUAUACAACUGGGAUGUCAAGCAACGAAGGAUCACACGUACUCAAACAGCUGCCGCUUGAUCAACUACUUAUUCAUGUUAUCAUCAUUCCCUUUUAUCUCAGUCUUUAUUAUUUCCCUACGAUAUGUACUAUCCGGUUCUCAUUCUUCCAAUCUUUACUAUUGAAAAUAAACUCUAUACAUUUAGAAAUCAUCUCCCUAUUUCUCUUAAGUGUACCAUUCAAAUUAUGUUUUUCAAUCGCCUUCUUCCCGAGAAUGAUUAACCGAUAGAAAUCCAUGAUCUUGAGCCUGUCAUUUGAAUUGUC